AUGAGGGAACUGGACGUGGCUCGUAUCAUUCACAACCCCCAACUGCGUCACGACAUUAACUUUGAUCCCGCGCUUCAUUUCUGUCCAAACCUCGAGGGAGAAAAAGGCAAGCGGAAGCAGGAAAAGGCGAUCCAGUUUUGGAACGUUCUUGGCACCCAACUACAGCUAUUUGUCGAAGACCAAGAUGAGUUCAUGAGACUGUUUGGCCACGGAGAGGAGUGGUGCCUGCCAUUGCUACUGAGAUCUGUAGAAGAGAUCAUUCAGGCAUUGAUCCCUGCCAGGGAUCGCAUGUAUCUGGAUGAGGGCCUCAACGUGGAUCUGAUUAUGCAACAGUUCAGCAAGGGAAUGAUAGAUCUGGAAAAGCUGGCCUCUUGGUUUUCGGGAGUCUUCAAGUCUCAUUAUGCACCUAUGAGAGAUGAGUGGGUGGCCGGAUGUACACUCAUUUGA